AUGGAGUAUCAAUCUAAAAUAUCGAGGCAAAAUUUUGAACCUAUUGUAGUUUUGAUUGAAAAGGGAAGAGAAAUGACAAUAUUAAAAGGAUUUACAUACUAUAGAAAAUAUACAGGGAAACAUAAAAUUACAAUGUCUUCUCUUAUUAAAAACUAUAAUAGAAGUUACAAGGUUGCAAUCGCAAAUAAUGUUAUUUCUGAAGAAGAGGAACAAAACCAUAGCAGCCCCUUUUCAUCAAAAAUUAAAUGUCUGCUUUUAAAGAAGAAAUACAAAUAG